UUUUUAAAUAUCUAAUUAUUUCCCAUUGUAAAUAUGGUAUUCAGUAGAGUAAAUCAUAAAUUUUAAAAAAAGAGGUUUCCGUAUUUGCGUCUCUUAAAAACGCUGUCGUUCCAUUUAUAUUUGUUGGCGAUUGCAAUAAAGUAGUAUUAAAGACCUCGGUGAGCUGAAUUUUCGGCAUAAUUUCGACUUCCACUCAAAGCUGUUUUGAUAGAAAUAUCUUUAGGAAAGGCGUGAAAGUCUCAAGUUCCUUUAUUUUGGCUCUACUACCAACUGUGUUUAUAUGUGAAAAUUUUAAACAAUUGUCGCACAUGCUAUUGAAAUACAGGCAUGUACCAUUAAAAUCACGAAUCAAUUUUUGUAAUUACUCUACUGCACCUUUUCCUCCCCUGGUUUGAAAAUAAGAUCAUUCACUAAUAUACACACAAGACAGAGGAUCCGGUCCUGUUCAUUAAUCAUUUAACAUCCGCUUGAUGAGUUGACUCAACUUCGUUUUUAUUCAAGUGGGUUUUAAGAAGAAUGUAAAUUAACUAAUGCCGCGGAAUAUAAACACUAUUCGAUUAUGGAGAAGAUGCAUGCGUAAACUACUACACGACAUGGCAGGAAAUAUUGGUUAUGAAGAUGGACACCCCAACAUAAAUUCAAGUGGGCAUGCUAAACCACCAUUAAGACGUCAGCCUUCAUAUUAUACUCCAGACAUGGAAGAUCGGAUGCGACGACGUUUGAAAUUCUUUUUUAUGGACCCCAUAGAAAAGCUAAGAGCUAAAAAACGAAUACCAUGGAAGAUGUUGUUACAGGUGGUGAAAGUUAUUUUGGUAACAAUACAGUUGUGCAUUUUUGGUUUGGAACGAGGAAAUUUUGUGGACUAUGUUGAGAAAAAUACUAUAUCAUUGAAGCACCUAUUUCUGAAAGACUGGGAACCUGCCUAUGAAACCCUUCCUUACCCGCCUGCAACUGGUACAUAUGCUGUCUAUGAGAUCAGUUCUGUUUUUGAACAUAUUGAUUUUGUAUCAAAUCAGUACAGUAAAAUGAAUCACAUAGCAAUUGGAGGAUACCAUUUCUGGAACCACAAUGCUUCUACAAUUCCAACUGUUUCAAUGUGCAAAACUAAUUAUUAUUCUGGAUCUUAUUUUCCCAAUGGAACAUUUAUUUUCAACCCAAGAUUAAUUCGCACAUGUGCUAAUGUAACACAAGUUGAUUUUGGAAAUGGAACGGUGAAGUUUGAUUUUAAAGAAUUUCUGAAACGAAAGAAUAUUCGUUUAAGCUUGGAUCGAUUAUUGAAAAUUGAACUCAACUUCUUGGUGCAUACAGUGCGUCUUGAGCUAGAUGUUCCUCACCGAUGUCCUAUCUGUUUUCUGAUGAAUGUUUCAAUUACAUUUGACAAUAGUGAUCGCAAUGGGCAAAUGCUGGUGUUUCUCAAUCCAAACAUUUCUGAAAUAGGAUGCCGUGGAUCAAUAAUAGGCUUAAAUGAAACAGAAAAGAAGAGAGUCCAGACAGCCUUUGAUAUUUUUAUCAUAAUUGUCAGCACAAUGUCAAGUAUUCUUUGCUUAAGGUCAAUAUGGCGAGCUCAAAGUUUAAAAAAGGAAACUGCCAAAUUUUUCAAGAAUCAUUUUCGGAAAGUAUUAGAGUGGUAUGACCGCUUGGAAUUUCUGAACAUGUGGUUUAUCCUCAUUGUUAUAAAUGACUGCCUUACCAUUGUUGGAUCUUGUUUUAAAAUCAAAAUAGAAACUCGAAAUGUACCCAAUACAUCCCAAAACUAUGAUCUCUGUGCCAUUAUGCUUGGCACAGGAAAUCUCCUAAGUUGGAUUGGUGUUCUCCGCUAUCUUGGAUUCUUCAAAAAAUAUAAUAUUUUGAUAUUGACCCUCAAGAGAGCUGCACCAAAUGUGUUACGUUUUCUUACUUGUGCUCUACUUAUGUACUUUGGAUUUGUGUUUUGUGGUUGGGUUAUAUUAGGUCCUUAUCAUAUAAAGUUCCGUCAUUUGAGCACCACAUCAGAAUGUUUGUUUUCUUUAGUCAAUGGUGAUGAUAUGUUUGUGACUUUCUCUGCAUUGCAAACCAGCAAUAGUUUCAUUUGGUUUUACUCCCGUGUCUAUCUUUACUGCUUUAUUGGCAUUUUCAUCUAUGUUGUGCUAAGUUUAUUUAUUGCUGUCAUCAUGGAUUCUUAUGAAACAAUUAAGCAUUAUUAUGAAAAUGGUUUCCCACGCAGUGAAUUAUUUGAGUUCAUAGAUGAAUGUACUGAUCCUCCUCACUCAGAAAUUUAUCGCCAAGAACUACGGGGUUGGGACUGCAGCACUGUGUUUUGUUUCUGUUGUAAAAAUCGAAAUCCAGAGGAACUUGAGGAAUCCACACGUUUGAUUGGCUGAUAAAAAACCAGAAGAUAGCUAUAACUGGGUGAAAAUAACAGAAAUAUGGUGUAGAGUUAAAGAUUUUUUUUCCUGUCUUUUUUGUUGGUAAUUUCCUUCCAAGGAACCAAACCAAACUGACAGAUUUUCUUUAAACUAGAAAAUUGCAAAUUUUUCUUCCUAAUUUAUUGUAAAAUAGUUUUUUUUUUUUCGUUUUCUUGCAGAGUUUAAUUUUUCAAAAUGAAUUUUUUUUUUUUAUAGUGAAAAAUAAUUUAAAUAGAAAGUAAAAGCUGACAGCUACCUCUUGGAAAAUAUUUGGUAAUAACUCCAGAAAGAGUAACUGAGUGCAUAUUUGUGCAUCCAAUUACAAAUACAUACAUGUUUAUUUGUAAUGUUCCUAUAUUCUAAAUAGGUAUGUGAAUUCACUAUUUGCUACAUCAUAUGAGUGCCUCUAUGUACUUCUUGCCAUAUUUAGCAAAGAGUAUUGUGCACUUAUUUGUAGGGAUUUAGUAGGAAUGUACACAUUGUUGGUUUGCUCUCCACUCAUUACUUUAGUAUUAUGAAGGGGAUAUAUAUACACAAAUAUGCCAUUUUGUAGUCAUUAUUUGUAUGAUGAACACUGUUAGAAUUUAUGUAUAAAUUUUUAAUUUAUAAUUUUUUUCCCCCCACUGCCAUCUGUUAUAAUACUCAAUACAUUUCUUAUAUACUCAGUGGAAGCAAAUUCUAUACUUGGUGAAAUUUGUUUCAAAUAACUGUUUAUACAGAAAACCCCUGUCUGCAAAUCGAAGGUGAUUCAAAUGACAUGUGUAUUUGAAUGAACUGCACCAGUCUUCAGAUAUUUUUAUUUGUGAAUAUGCAAUGAUAUAUUGUGCUCUAAAAAUUGUUAUCACUCUUGUUAACUCCUGUGCGGGGUCGGAGACUGUUCACUACAUGUAAUAGUAUGCAUACAUCGACAUCACAUCGCAUUGCACUAUAUAACUAUUACUACUGCUAUGCUAUAACAGCCUUUAUGAAAACCUAGACACCCACAUUUCACUUUACUAGUCAGUGCAUAGUACAAUUACAGGAGCUUACUCAUUGCAAUACAUCAAUACAUAACCUGUGUACAUGUAACACACACACACUUAUACAGUCAUGUACUAGUGAUGGUCCAGUUGAUCGUGUCCUUUCCAUUACAAAUACAUGAUGUUGUCAGUGAGAAAUCAUUUUUAUUUGUAAACUGCUUGAGAAUGUACAUAAAUUUACUAGAACUCUUAUCAGUACUGCAAUAUACAUUCAUAAGUGACAUAUCACUACGGCAUCAUUAUAUGCACUGCAUUGAAAUGCAUACUACAGCAUGCAAAUUGAGCUGCUCCACACUGCCACAUUGUUUUUUCUUUAAGCUAUUCCAACUUGUCGUCUGUAAUAUGCUAUGCUUAUAGCAUCGCAACAAUGGAAUGCAUCCACCUCAUCACAUGAUACACUGCAUUGUUAGUGCCAAAACAGCAAUUAUAUAUCUUCAUGAAAUUCUAUACGUAAUGUUAAUCUUCACUCUUUAUCGUUACUCCUUAAUAAUGUACUCAGGUAUAACUAUCACAGACAAGAGGUGUAUAGUGACAGCAUGUAUUCAAUGACAGGAAUUCGUUACCUGGUUUCAGUUCCCAGUCUCAUUUCAUUCAUAUCUGUGUGUUAACAGAAGAUAUAUUUUCAUUUCAUUUCCCUGCCCCUCAAAAAUAUCCCAGUGAUGUUGGUCAGGCUACUUGCCAAUUGAUUGAUACCGCCAAUUAUAAAAAUAAACUCUUGGAGACAUAAUUUAGUUGUUUAAUUACAAAUAGAUUUGUUCUUUAAAUGAUUCUGUCCAUAAUUUGGCAGUGCCACAGCUUCAGUAUAUAGUAUUGACUUUUUUCCAAACUACACUGGCCAAAUCUUGAAGUGGUUGACCUUUGAUCUCUUCAGGACUGAUAAAAUUAGUUGGUUAUGCCUUUGCUAUUAAAAUUGUAUGGCCUUGUGCCUAUGAGAAAUCAGUAUUACCACUGUUAGUAAAUUGCUUGUGUAUGUACAUAAAACACCUACAUUAAAUAUAUUUUCAUAUCUCCGUCCAGCUCAUACCAGAAUGGAAAAGUAGGUAUAGAUCUUACAUUGUUUUUGACUAUGAGCAUCUGAGAUUAAACUCCAGUUGCUACUUAUUUUUAUGUCUGUGAUUAUUUGCUAUUGUCUAUAUAUAUAUAUAUUUAUAUAAAUAAGGAUAAGAUCGAUAUUUAAAAUAUUGAUUUUAUCAAGUGGCCAGCAUGGGAAUAAAAACCAUCAAAGGUAAUAAUUAUUUAAAAUUAUAAUACAGGGUAUCUAAGAGAUACCGCCACGCUGAAAAAUAGCAGUCAAAACCUGACUCUAAAACCACAAUAAAUGUGCUAUGUGGGCAUUUAUUGUGGUUUUAGAGUCGGGUUUUGACUGCUAUUUUUCAGCGUGGCGGUAUCUCUUAGAUACCCUGUAUUAUAAUUUUAAAUAAUAUAUAUAUAUAUAUAUAUAUAUAUAUCUCAAACCAGUUCUAAGGUGUGGCUCAGUUGAUCACUCUGAAGUAUGCACUGUUUGGUUUCUCUUGAGCUCCUGGUGAGCUGAGCUUUUGACUGGAGUUUUUGAGCUCAGCAGUCAUAUUUUGAACUAAAUAACAGUUGUGUAGUUUAUUGGAUUAUAGUGGCAAGAUUUGCAUUUUCCAUAAGGAGAAUAUAAUUAAUUUUUCAUCCCCAUAGUCCACAUAUUUCAUGCAUAAUUAAGGGAUUUAUUAUCUUUUUGUUUUUGAAUUGUGCUGAUUGAUAGACCGGUUUCACCAUAAAGAAAAUAAACUGAGCCUAUUUUAACAAAUGUUUUUCUUUGUGGUUGUUGAUUUUCAUGUAAAAAGAAAACAAUUAUAUAAAUUAUCACUUAGACAUUUCUUUCAUGUAAUAUUAAUUUACUGAAAUUGUUAUGAGAUUUAUUCGAUAUGAGAAUAUAAAUAAAAGCCAUUAAAAAAUCGUGUAUGAAUAAUUUUUUUUUUAUUUGUGGGUGGGAGAAUGUAAAUAUCAUGCGAUUCCGACUUCCACCACAUCUCAUACUGUCAUUUUGGAACAAUAAAAUCAAAUUGAAUAAA